AUGGACGCAGAUUUAAGAAAAUAUCUACAAAAUCAUCAACAACUUACAUGGAAAGAAAAAAUGCAUAUUACUGGAUUUGCAUUCUGGAAACAUAUUAUAUUUACAAAAGAUAUGAUUCUUGGUACAUCGGAAUCUACAAAAGCAUCCGAUGUUUAUAGUCUUGCAAUGCUUAUGUGGGAAAUUUCCUUUGAGAAAUCACCAUUUAAUAAAUAUGAAAAUGAUUAUGACCUCGCAAUGAAGAUUGUAAAUGGAAUGAGACCAGAAAUAACGUCAGGUGUUCCUUUAGAAUAUAAAAACUUGAUGGAACAAUGUUGGAAUGCUGAUCCAUCAAAAAGACCCGAUAAUUAUGCAAUUAAACAUAAAAUAUUUGAAAUGAAUAAAUUAUAUUAUAAAUCAGAUGAAAAAAAAAGUAUUAUUAAAAAGUUCUUUAAGAAAAUUAAUUUAUCUCAAUAA